GAAAGAAGAAAGAGAAAGAAGAAAGAGGAGCAAAACGCUGAAAGUGGAUUUUAACUUAAAUCAGAUAACUGAUGAGUUGUCAUUGUCUUCUGUGAGGUGGAAACAUGGAUAAUUUCCGGAUGCAUCGCUAUAGCAGAUUUUCUGACUCCAGAAGUGACAGCGAUGAACCCAAUCUCUCUAACGCCAGUGAUGACAGCAAUUCAAGCAUUGGAAUACCUCCUUUAUUCAGUCAAUUGUUAGAAGAUCAUGGAUACACCAUAAAGGAAGAACUUGGACAAAGGGAUUCGGGAAUAGUGUUUCUGGUGAAUGACAAAGAUGGAAUUCCUUAUGUAAUCAAAAAGAUUAAUUCCAUAAAUAAGAAGGAAGUCGAGAUCUUGAAAAGUCUGGAGCAUGGAUAUAUUGUUACUUAUGCGGAUUUAUUUGAAGAUAAAGAAGCAGGACUCUUUUAUAUUGUGAUGGAGUAUUGUGCUCAAGGAAAUCUUUACCAGAGGAUGAAAACACAGAAAGAGAGAGGGUUUUUUGAAGAACAGCAGAUUAUUGACUGGUUUGUUCAGAUUUGUCUGGCUCUGCAGUAUAUUCAUGAGAGGAAUAUUCUUCACAGAGAUAUAAAACCACAGAAUGUUUUUCUGACUGAGGAUGGUUACAUCAAUCUUGGAGAUUUUGGAUGCUCAAAAGCAUUGGAAAGAGCUGAUGCGUAUGCAGAAUCAGUAGUGGGUGCAGAGCUGUAUGUCAGUCCAGAAGUUUUGAAAAGGAAAUAUACGUCCAAAAGUGACAUCUGGUCACUGGGAUGGUUGCUCCAUGAUCUCUGCAUGCUGGAUGUGUGGUCAGAUGACAUAGAGCGUCGUUUUCAACAUAUCAACAGUAUGAGAGGAAACACCCCCCAAAUCUCAGAGAUAUACUCAGAAGAACUACGAAAAUUAAUCCAAGAAAUGCUCAGCUGUGACCCUAGACAUAGACCUUCAGCUGAUGAGAUUUUAGCAAAACCAUUCCUAAGAGAUGCUGUAAACAGAAACAGGAGAUUUCCAGAAGCACUGGAACGAAGGUUCAUGAUGUCCUUAAGGAUCUUUGAUGAGAACUACAAUGAGCACUAUGAUAGAUUUAAGGCCUUAGUUACAGAGUGGGGAAAAACAACAGAUUCACUAGAGGAGGUUCAUCGUAAAUGCACAGCAGGCACUCUGGCAGGUUCAGUGAUUGGAGCAGCAGGAGGAAUCACUGCAGUGGUUGGUGCGAUUUUAGCUCCUUUCACUUUUGGAGCAUCUCUGAUUGUUACAGGUGUUGGGAUUGGAGUUGGUGUUGCAGGUGGUGUAACAGGUGCUGCGUCCAGUGUUACCAAUACAGUCAAACAAAGAGCACUACGUGAGAAUAUUCAAAGAAUUCAUCAGAACUUUACAGAUGUGACACCACUUCUCGAGUCACUGAAUGCACUGAGAAGGGUACUGAGAGUAAUCCAAAAGUUCAGGGAUUUUGUCAGUGACUCCUCUGACAACGUGCAAAUGUCAAGCAAUGUAGACAGAACAAGACUAGUGUGUGCCACAGAACUCAUGCAUCUAGGUCUGCUUGCAAAUGUUGGCAGAAUUGCUGCUCAGACUGCCAGAGUAGGACGUGCUGCAGCAGAGGCAAUAGUCGCAGUCACAGGAGUGUUGAGUGGAAUCCUAGUCAUUGUUGACACCGCAUUCAUAGUGAUGGAUUCUGUAGACAUUCACCAGAUGAGACAGGGACCAGUAGAUGAUCCAGACAAGGUCAAGUCAAGUUUACUCAAGUCCAUUGCUCAGAUGAGGAAAACACAUACAGAUCUUUGCAAUGUCUUAAAGGAAAUUAAAGAAACAAGAGUGGAACUAACAGAAUAUAUAGAAGUGGCCAGGGCUGAAAGAGAUUUAGAGAGUUCAAGCAUAUACAUAUGAUACAAGUCAGAGGCACACACAACAUCCUACUGAUUUGUCUGUGAGCUUUAGUGAAGAAAAAUCGUUUUGCUGAAAAUGAAUUAAAUGUCUAUGUUGUACACAGUCAAACAACAGAAGACGUGCGAUGUAUGAGGUCAGACGUUUGCAAUCAUUCUAUUUUGCAAAUAUCAGCUAAUAUAUAUUAAAGACUUUAGAUAUACUUGGUGCACUCUGGUGGAAUAGUCCUGUCUUCUAAAUCACUAAUUGUUGAAGUUAUUGCAUCACCGCAGCUGAGAGUGCAAAGAGGUGUUUCAAAGAUGGCCACUGAGUGAAAUGACUUGCCUUAAAGGGACUUUGCUAUGUAUCUAUUAUACAUAAGACAAUGGGUCUCAUUCAUUAGUGAUUACAUAGAUCAUUCCUAUUCAUACAAAGGAGAACUAAAAAAAAAGAUUUACAGUAUGUGGGUACAUAAAUUUGUUCUUAAUGUUUUAAUGUUAAUGAAUUUUGAAUAAAACACACUCAAACCCUCUCGAUAUCACAGCCUUUCAUCAAUUUCAUCAGCCUUUCAGUAAACAUAUAUGCUCUCUAAAUAUCUUAAUGUUUAUAAGGCUUU